AUGCCACAUUACCAGUUUGCAAUAAACCAGACGGGCCCUUGGGGAGGCUGUGAGCUCAAGGGGAUUCCAUUGAGUGGCCACCGGAUACUAGGGAACCUGGGCUCUGUCAUUCUAUGCGGUUUCGCCAUCUUUGUGUCAGCAUUUUUGAUAUACCGAUCAGAUCGCAAAAAGGCCGCGGUUGGACGGAGGGAAAUGCAGUUAUUCCUCUUGGGCUAUAUGUUGGUCGAGUUGUGUGAAAUCUUCAGCGUUGGCGAGUUUCCUCUGAACUCCAAAGUUCGCCUUGCAUUUUCGGGCAUGCACCUUGGCUUCAUCGUGGCGACAAUGUGGAUAUUGAUGAUAAACGCGCUGGUUGGGUUCCAAAUUCUCGAUGACGGAACGCCCCUGUCUCUGGGGCUGAUCAUUGCAUCGGCAGCGAUCCUGUUCAUUGGGACUGGCUACAUUGCGCUCGACACAGGGUUCAGCUGGACGGGGCACUUCGAUUCCUCGCUAUCUGGGCACAACCGCAAUAUCGCGCUCUAUGUUCUAUACCAACUGGCGCCGUUGGUUUUUCUCGUUGCAUACUACGUGCUGGAGGCAUAUCUGGUGCUAGCUGUGCUCGGCGAGGCACGACCGCUGAUCUAUCUGACGGCGGCGGCGGUCCUGUUUGCUCUCGGUCAGAUAUUCAACUACACGAUCAGCUCACACAUCUGCAACGGCACGUCGGGAAAGAUCGACGGCGCGCUGUUUGAGACGCUGUUCACGUUCCUUGCCGUCGUGGUGUUAUGGAUAUUCUGGUCCAGCAUUACAGAGGAUGACUGGCCAAUUACUGCCUCCUAUACCUAG